AUUCCAACCGCCACGCGUCGUCGAACUUAUUCUUGGCGACUCGUGACAGGAGUCGGUCUGGUAUCUUGUACCAACAGCCAUCUAUCUAGGCACGAACUGAUGAUCUUCAUUCCAUUUUUUGAGCUUGUCCAGUCCGGCCGCCUUGGGACUGGAUGUCGGGAUGUCUUAUGAGUUAUAAGGCAAUCCGUUCGGAUGUCUCUCUGUUAAAGAUGCUCCUGUCUUGGUUGUUGAUCGAGGGCUCUUGCACCAUAUAAAAUGGCGGCCUAAAAUAUCCAGGCAAUAGAUACAUGACCCACUUCCGAUUUCAUCAUGGGCAUCUCUCGAUUUUUCAACGCCAGCUCUGACAGACUCAAACUCAGCAGUCGCACCAACACUAACUGCUCUGUCACCGUUCCCCCCACCAAUCCAAAUUUUUCCGAUGUAGCUUCUUCGGCACAUACGUUUGUGAUUGAAGAAUUGGUGUCCGAGAUAGGGACAUCGCAAACGGAUGGUCUCUCUAAAAACGAGGCUCACAGACGGCUCGAGAGGUACGGAGAGAAUUUGUUAAAGGGACGAACAGGUGUUUCUGCUUGGCGCGUCUUGGUACGCCAGCUUGCAAACGCCUUGACACUUGUGCUUCUAGCCGCACUUGCUCUAAGUUUUGGUGUCCAAGAUUUCAUCGAAGGUGCCGUUAUAGCAGCCGUCAUAGUAUUAAAUACGACGGUCGGGUUCUUCCAAGAGUAUCGGGCGGAAAAGACCAUGGAGUCACUCCGCCAGCUUUCCAGUCCCACGGCAUUGGUCAUCCGGAACGGUGAAAGUUUGCAUGUUCCUGCCAAGACGGUCGUCCCAGGGGAUGUGGUAAUGAUCAAGGAUGGAGAUGUGGUACCAUCUGAUCUCCGUCUGAUCAGCACCUCCAAUCUCGAGGUAUCCGAGCAGCUCCUGACCGGAGAGUCAGUACCAGUUGCUAAGGAUGUCGAGGUCAUUGAUGAUCCUCAGCUAGAAAUGCCAAUCGGUGAUCGACUAAAUUUAUGCUAUUCGUCUACCGUGGUCACGAAAGGUCGUGGUGUUGGGAUAACCAUUGGAACCGGUAUGAAUACCCAGAUUGGACGCAUCGCUGAGGCGAUGAACCAAAGCCCGUUAGGCAAGCAAGAUGCUACUGCAUGGUUUGGUUCUCGGAUUUGGGACAACAUUCUCCGCUUUCUUGACAUUCGCGGCGGGACGCCUCUACAAAUGAAGCUCUCCAAACUGGCUUUUACCCUAUUUGGGUGUUCACUAUUCUUGAUUAUCAUCGUGUUCGGCGCUUCCAAGUUUAACAUCAACAACGAAGUCAUCUUAUACGCUAUCGCCACUGCGAUUGCCAUCAUUCCCGAGUCUCUCGUCGCCGUUCUGACCCUCACUAUGUCAGUUGGAACGAGAAAGAUGGCUUCGGAGAACGUCAUCGUGCGCAAGCUCGAUGCCCUUGAGAAUCUAGGCGGUGUUACCGAUAUUUGCAGCGACAAAACGGGGACCCUUACGUUAGGCCAAAUGUCUGUGCGCACUUUCUGGUUAGGCGGGCAUGAAUCUGACUCUGUGACCUAUUCCGCAGAGACAGGUCAUAACGCCAUCGAGCCUGUUGGUACUGUACGACAAGGCAAUGUAAUAGCGGAACCUGGGAAACUCGAUGAAGGGUUCGCUCAAGCUGUUCGUGCUGCCGCCCUUUGCAACGUUUCCUCCAUCCAUAAGAAUUUGAAAGGCGAAUGGAAGUCCACCGGUGACCCAACCGAAGUCGCUCUCCAGGUUUUUGCCACCAAGCUGGGCCUGGGCCAACCUUCAUUGACUGCGGGAAGCAGUAAAAGUAUCGACGAGCGGAGCGACUCUGAGCAUGCCAAAAAGAUUCAUUUUGCUGACGAGGAGAACAAGCGGUUCGGGUUUUUAGUCGAAUUCCCUUUUUCGAGCUCGAUUAAACGAAUGUCCACGAUCUAUUACGAUACAGAGCAGAAAAGCGCGGUCGUGAUGUGUAAAGGGGCGACUGAGAGGAUCUUAGAUUCCUGUGUUGCUUACGUUCCCUCCCCUCUCACCAAACCGAGAGAUACUUCGCCGUUGACUGAAGAUACCAAACGCGCGUUUCUUGACAAGGCAGAGGAGCUCGCGUCUGAGGGUCUUCGUGUGAUUGCUACUGCCCAACGAAUGAUAGACCGCAAAGAUGUUUCCCGUGAAGACGCAGAGAAGGAUCUGACGUUCAUGGCUCUUGCUGGUAUCUUUGACCCGCCAAGGCCAGAAUCUGCGGGAGCGGUCAGGGCGUGCAGGACUGCGGGGAUUGUUGUUCAUAUGUUGACAGGCGACCAUAUUACGACUGCCAAGGCCAUUGCGGAAUCUGUCGAGAUUAUAAUGCCGGACGCACCCAAGAAUGCUGUUAUGAUGGCUACGGAGUUUGAUAGGCUCACGGAUGACGAGAUUGAUGCUCUUCCUGAACUUCCGUUGGUGAUUGCGCGAUGUGCACCAGAGACUAAAGUUCGUAUGAUCCAAGUGGGGAAGAGGAGGGGAAAGCAUAUGUCUAUGACCGGUGAUGGUGUCAAUGACUCCCCGGCGUUGAAGCUCGCUCCUGUUGGCAUUGCGAUGGGUAUGUCUGGUUCUGAUGUCGCUAAAGAUGCAGCAGAUCUUGUUCUGACUGACGACAAUUUUGAUUCGAUUCGCGCUGCUAUUACGGAAGGACGGAGGAUCUUCACCAACAUCCAGCGUUUCGUUCUUCACCUGCUAACUACCAACGUUGCCGAGGUUGUUCUUCUCAUCGUAGGGCUCAGUUUUAUCGAUGAAGAUGGGCGGAGCGUUUUUCCGCUCAGCCCGCUUGCUGUGCUUUGGGUGAAUAUGUUGACUAGUUCUCCACCUGCGUUUGGUCUUGGUUUGGAGGCUGCUUACCCUGAUUUGAUGCAGCGGCCUCCUCAUUCUGUCAAGCAGGGUAUUUUUACGUGGCCUAUCAUUAUUGAUACCAUGGUUUAUGGGGUGAUCAUGGGCGCGACUUGCUUGAUUAACUUCGUGAUCGUGGUCUAUGGAAAGGGAAAUGGUGAUUUGUACAGAGAGUGUAACCACGCGCCAUCUGAACGGUGUAAUCUCGUAUUCCGGGCACGAUCGACGGUCUUUGCGACUUUGAUUUUCCAGAUACUGCUUUAUGCUCUCGAAUUGAAGUCCUUCGACCGUUCCCUAUUCUCUUUGACGCCCGGAAGAGCGUUUCAUAAAGACCUUUGGGCAAACAAGGUGCUCUUGAUUUCUGUCGUUGGUGGAAUGAUUACUGUUGUUUUGCCUAUCUAUAUACCUGGAUUUAACACUUCGGUAUUUUACCAGCGGGAUAUAUGCUGGGAAUGGGGGAUUGUAUUCGGCAUGACUAUCCUUUUCGUCAUUGGGUGCGAGCUAUGGAAGAUAGCGAGGAGACGUUUGUUGAAGUGUUGGCUGUAUAUCGCUCCGGCGGACAGUGUAGAGGGAUACACUGGCGGUACGAAGGAUAGCUGCUAACUCUUCCGCUAUACGUCUCAGCAGAUAAUUCUCUCGGUUUGGAUUACCCCUUAUUUCUGACGGCGGGCCAUGGACUACGGUGGCUUGUCAGUCAAUUAGCCGCCCGACGGGCUGUUAUUAGAUGCGCGAGAAAUUACAUAGGCCUAGAGAAACUUGC